AUGCUCGUUUAUUAGAUAAAGUUCGGGGUUGUCCUAAUCUUUGCCCAUGUUGUAAUCGACCAUGUGAUGUUGAUCAUACACAAAUUAAAUCACGUCCUGGCUCUCAAGAUAAUGAACAUCGUUGUACAACAGGACAUGCGUUAAGAGCAAUGAAUGGAUAUAAAUUUGAAUCGACUGAUGAAGCUUCUUUAUUAAUAAUAAAAUGGUCGAAAUUUAAAUUACAUCAUAAAGAUUGGAAUUUUCAAUCAACAUUAAAUGAUGAAGAAUUAAAAAAAUUAUUUAGUAAAUUUUUAACUAUCUGGGCAAAGAUUGGACCAACACUUUGUCGAAAAUAUAACAUGACAUACGUUAUUUUUAAUAGCAAUCACAAUUAUGCCAUUACUUAUGAAUCUUUUCAUUGGAUUUUACUUUUGGAUGGAUCAGGUUCAAUGGCCGGUGCACCAUGGAGAGAUUUAAAUCAAGCUGUAAAUGAUUUUGUCACUCAUCGACGUGCAUUAAACACUAUUGAUCGUAUUAGUAUUAUUAUUUUUUCUGAUAAGACUAUUGAAGCAUGUUUGGAUGAAGAUAUUCGAAAUGUAGAUCUAUCUAAAAUUCAAUUUCCAGCUGGUGAGACACAUUUUGGUAGUGCAUUUGCAGCUGUCAAUAACUGUAUCAACCGCGUUAAAUCUAAUAGCAAUAGAUUGACUACUUCCACCAGUAGUCCUUUUAAUUUUGCUAUUAUCUUUAUGACAGAUGGACAAGAUGCUUAUCCUGAAGCACAGCUAAAUCAAUUAAUCAAUGAACAUGGUACAGAGAUUCGAUUUUGGUUAUUAGCACUUGGAGGUGAUUUAGAUGAAACAGCACAAUAUAUUUUAGCACAAAUUAAUGAUAAAAUGCGUGGUUCUUAUUAUAGUCUAGCUGCUUCAAGUGAACUGAGCCAAACUUUUGCCGAAAUUGCAAGCAAUACAACUAUUAACGACGAUAGUGGUUGA